UGCAGAGUGGAGCCUCUCGCUGACCUUUUGAAGAAUUACCAAAGCAUCAAAUGAUCUGGCCGAAUCCACACUUCCUUUUUGUUUCCGUGCCUUUUUCGCAACCGCGGCACUGUUCAAGCAGAUACGCGCUUUCCCAUUCCGCGUGUUCCCCGCCAUCACCACGCCACAAUUGUGCCUCCUUUCCAUACCACAUGAUAAUGGUGGAUCGUGCUCAGACGAUAUUGCGUUUACAGAAUGUGAAGGAGGAGGAAAGUGAAAAUUUAAAGGAUUUGGUGUCGGAAUUUUUGGCGUCAUUCGCAAAGGCAACUAAAGAAGAGUUAAAAAGCGAUAUUCUGGAAGUCCGUCGGACAUCUUCAAAAUAUGCAAUGAAGCGUCAGCUGCCUCGCGAGAUUAUUAUCGAUUUUUCAUCUAAGAAGACUCGGGACACCAUUUUAUACAAUUCGAGCAACGUGGACUUGGACUUUCUUGGCAACAAGGUUAAGGUAUUGAAGGACAUUCCAUUUUUAGCUCGGAAAAGAAGAUUCAAAUACAAAAGGUUUGCAGCUCUUCUGAGAAAGCGUGAUAUAAAAUACAAAUGGUUAUUUCCGGAAGGCAUCUGGUUUAGAUAUAAAGACCAAGCCUACAAGAUAAUAUCGGAAGUACAGCUGAAGGAUUUUGUGCUUAACCAUCAAGAGUUCGAGCAAGAAGAAGAUCCAGAAUCUGAAGGGGGGAGUGGGGAGGAGGGAGUGAGCGCAGCUAUUGUAGCUGUUCAAAGAGAACUGAGACCGAGACGCAGGGGGGGAAGAAGACCUGAUCCUGACUGUAGUUUGUAUCUUGUAAGAUCUACCAAUCUAAUAGCAUAUUAGAAAGUUUAACUUUAAAUAUUUGUAUUAUGAAGGGAAUUCAAUACUUGUAGUUGU